AUGGAUUCUGGGCCGCGUUGGGCUGCCAACCCCAUUCCCGGGGGCACCCUCUCUGCCCCCAAUGCCACCACACCCUGGCUGGGCCGGGACGAGGAGCUGGCCAAGGUGGAGAUCGGAGUCCUGGCCACGGUCCUGGUGCUGACCACAGCGGGCAACCUGACGGUGCUGCUGACCCUGGGCCAGCAGGGCCGCAAGCGCGCCCGCAUGCACCUGUUCGUGCGGCACCUGGCCCUGACCGACCUGGGCGUGGCGCUCUUCCAGGUGCUGCCCCAGCUGCUGUGGGACAUCACCUACCGCUUCCAGGGCCCCGACCUCGUCUGCCGGGCCGUCAAGUACCUGCAGGCGCUCAGCAUGUUCGCUUCCACCUACAUGCUGCUGGCCAUGACCCUGGACCGCUACCUGGCCGUGUGUCACCCCCUGCGCAGCCUCCAGCAGCCCAGCCAGGCUGCCUGCCCGCUCAUCGCCGCUCCCUGGCUGCUGGCCGCCAUCCUCAGCCUCCCUCAAGUCUUCAUUUUUUCUUUGCGGGAAGUCAUCCAGGGCUCGGGGGUGUUGGACUGCUGGGCAGACUUCCGCUUCCCGUGGGGGCCACGGGCCUACAUCACCUGGACUGCCUUGGCCAUCUUCAUCCUGCCCGUGGCCACGCUCACAGCCUGCUACGGCCUCAUCUGCUACGAGAUUUGUAAGAACCUGAAAGUCAAGACGCAGACCUGGCGGGCGGAAGGCGGGGGCUGCGGGACGCGGGACAGGGCCUCACCUCCCGGCCCGGCUGCAGCCGCCAGGGGACUGCCCUCUCGGGUCAGCAGCAUCAGCACUAUCUCUCGGGCCAAGAUCAGAACCGUGAAGAUGACCUUCAUCAUUGUGCUGGCCUACAUCGCCUGCUGGGCACCCUUUUUCAGCGUCCAGAUGUGGACUGUGUGGGACAAGAACGCCCCUAAUGAAGAUUCAACCAAUGUGGCUUUCACCAUCUCCAUGCUUCUGGGCAACCUCAGCAGCUGCUGCAACCCCUGGAUCUACAUGGGCUUCAACAGCCACCUGUGGCCGCACCCCCUACGCCAUCUGGCCUGCUGCGGGGGUCCUCGGCCCCAGAUGCGCAGGCAGCUCUCCCACGGCAGCUUCUCGAGCCGCCGCACCACGCUGCUGCUGACCCGCUCCAGCUGCCCGCCCACCCUCAGCCUCAGCCCCAGCCUCGGUGCGAGGCCUGGGCCCGAAGGGCCACGGAAGGGCUCAGAGCAGAGGGAGGAUUGUUUAAUGAAGAAAAAGGAAUGGGUCUGGGCGCUUCACCUGCUAUGCCCAUGUGUCCACUGGAGAGAGAUAUAA